CGGCAAGCACUCUCUCUAGUCCAACACUCUUUUUCAGAUCCCGGAGCCCGGACGAUACUGGCAGAGGUUUUGAUGACCACAGGCGUAGGAUGAGCAGUAGGGGUGGAACGAGACUGUCAACAAUGGAUUUCUUAUAGGUCCUCGAUGCGAUUCAACUGUAUGCACAAGCUUGGAAGCCAUUCCUGGUGAAAAGACAACCUUCAGCCUCUUCAGCCCCACGCCUCUCCCCGGAGUGCCUUUAUCCACUUGGCCAUACUCUAAAUCUUCAUCUCAUUAGAGAUUUUGUGAGGCCUUCUGCCUCUGCACAGUCUUCCUGGAUUGAAUCCUACAAUUACCAGGGAGGAAGUGGAACCUCCAGCAAAACCCUGGAAACUGCCUAAACCUAAGACACCAAAGGGCCCACUGGUUCUCGCUCCGCCCCACUUUCUGAGAGCAGCCAUGGCCCUGACUGACGUCGACGUGCAGAAGCAGAUCAAGCACAUGAUGGCAUUCAUCGAGCAAGAAGCCAAUGAAAAGGCAGAGGAGAUAGAUACCAAGACAGAGGAAGAGUUCAACAUCGAGAAAGGCCGCCUCGUGCAGACCCAGAGACUAAAGAUCAUGGAUUAUUAUGAGAAGAAGGAGAAGCAGAUAGAGCAGCAGAAAAAAAUCCAGCUCUCCACCAUGAGGAACCAGGCACGGCUCACAGUCCUGAGAGCCCGAGACGAUCUCAUCUUGGAACUGCUCAGGGAGGCGAAGGAGAGACUCAGUAAAACCGUGUCGGAUCUAGGUGUCUAUCAGGAGCUGCUGGAUAAGCUUGUGCUCCAGUCCUUGCUCCGGCUUCUGGAGCCUGUGAUGCUCGUCCGCUGCAGGCCGCAGGACCUCCACCUGGUGGAGGCUGCGGUGCAAAGAGCCAUCCCUCAGUACGUGAUGCUCUGCCAAAAGCAUUCAGACGUCUAUGUGGAUCAAGAGAUAUAUUUGCCAUCGAAUACCGCUGGAGGGGUGGAGGUCUACAGCGGCGAUCACAGAAUAAAGGUUUCCAAUACCCUGGAGAGUCGACUGAAUCUCGCGCCCUGGAAAUGAUGCCAGAGAUCCGAAAGACUUUGUUUGGAGUUAAUGCCAAUAGAAAGUUCUUUAUAUAAGGCUCUGGAUAGGGAAGCUUGGAUUGAACUGCAAAGUCAGAAAAGUCUUAAGUCGUUUGACAACGAG